GGGCGUUAAAACUGAUAACAAAGAGGAAAACGGAAUAUCCGUCUUCUUCACGUUAACAAACCAACCACGAAUAUUUCUUUCAUUUCACCUACAAAUUCACUACCAAAAUUUUUUCAAAAAUUUUUAAAAUAUUCGCAUAAUAAUAAAAUUGUGUGGCUUCCUUUCGCUAACCUCUAUCCAUCAUCCUGCACUAGAUUACAUUACAUACAUCUUCUUCUUCUUCUUCUUCUUCACAUCUUUCAUUUCAUUCCUUCCACCAUAAACCCUCACUAUUUGCGAUUCCUUUCCUUUCCUGCUUCAAUUCUAAUCCUUCUUUCAUCAUCUACGGUUCGGUUGUUGUUGUGUAUGCGUUCGGUUGAUUCAAUGAGGCGUUUCUCAGGUUCCGAUGCUUGUUGUUAGCUAUGGCGUCUGCUCCGUCGUUAUCAGUGCCAGUGGAAUGUGUGAGUGUGUGUAGGUUUUCUAAAGGGGAUGGAAGUGGAAGGUAUGAUUGUAGUGUUGUUUCGUGUGCGUGGAAGGCGCCUAGGGCGAUGACAGGGUGUUUGGCUACCACUGCGCAUUCGUCGAGAUGUGAAGUUUCUGGAAAGAGAUUAUGGUUAUCCUCCGAAACUUCUGACUUCUUUCCUCCAAGAAAAUUCUUGCGGUCAAGUUUGCUUCAUAUUGGCUGUAGAAAAUGGGUAGUUGCUUGUUCUUCAUCUUCCCCUUCAGGAUAUGAUCAACUUUCCCCUGAAAUAUUGUGGGAGGAUCUUAAACCUUCUAUUGCAUACCUUACGUCUAAUGAGUUAGAAAUAGUUCAUGAUGCUCUAAAACUGGCCUUUGAGGCACAUGAUGGGCAAAAAAGGCGCAGUGGAGAACCGUUUAUCAUACACCCUGUAGAAGUCGCUCGAAUUCUCGGUGAAUUAGAAUUAGAUUGGGAGUCAAUAGCUGCUGGCUUAUUACACGACACGGUUGAAGAUACGAACGUUGUUACAUUUGAAAGAAUAGAGAAGGAAUUUGGUGUCACAGUUCGCCACAUUGUUGAAGGAGAAACGAAGGUGUCUAAACUUGGGAAGCUAAAGUGUAAUAACGAAAUCUCUUCUGUACAAGAAGUGAAAGCACACGAUCUUCGACAAAUGUUUCUGGCCAUGACAGAGGAGGUUCGGGUGAUUAUUGUGAAGUUAGCCGACAGGUUGCAUAACAUGCGCACUCUUUCACAUAUGCCUGUACAUAAGCAGUCCAGCAUUGCAAUGGAGACCCUACAAGUUUUUGCUCCUCUAGCAAAGCUACUGGGGAUGUACCAAAUUAAGUCUGAGCUUGAGAAUUUGUCCUUUAUGUACACAAAUCCUCAAGAUUACGGUCGAAUCAAGAGGCGGGUAGCGGAACUAUAUAAAGACCACGAGAAAGAAAUUGAAGAGGCGAAUAAAUUAUUGAUCAAGAAGAUUGAAGCUGAUCAGUUCUUAAACCUCAUGGCUCUGACAACUGAGGUCCAGUCAGUAUGUAAGGAACCAUACAGUAUUUAUAAGUCUGUACUGAAAUCCGGAGGUUCAAUCAAUGAAGUUAAUCAAAUUGCACAGCUUCGCAUCAUUGUUAAACCGAAGCCUUGUGUUGGUGUUGCCCCUUUAUGUAAUGCACAACAGAUAUGCUACCAUGUUCUUGGGCUAGUUCAUGGGUUCUGGACCCCCAUACCUCGAGCUAUGAAAGACUACAUCGCAACCCCAAAACCUAAUGGUUAUCAAAGUCUUCAUACUACUGUAAUUCCGUUUCUUUACGAGAGUACAUUUAGGCUGGAAGUUCAGAUUAGAACCGAAGAGAUGAACUUGAUAGCAAAUAGAGGCAUUGCUGCUCAUUAUAGCGGGAAAGUUUUUGUAAAUGACUUGAUCAGACAUACAGUGUCUUGUGAAGAUAGAAUUUUGAGAGGAAAACCAGCCAUUCUUAACAAUGCAAACGUCGCACUCAGGAUUGGUUGGUUGAAUGCAAUUAGAGAGUGGCAAGAGGAGUUCGUCGGAAACAUGACCUCAAGAGAAUUUGUAGAUACAGUUACCAAGGAUCUUCUCGGUAGUCGUGUAUUUGUAUUUACACCAAGAGGAGAGAUAAAAAAUUUGCCUAAGGGAGCAACUGUCAUUGACUAUGCUUAUAUGAUACACACUGAAAUCGGAAACAAGAUGGUGGCUGCGAAGGUCAACGGCAAUCUUGUUCCUCCUUUGCACGUGCUUGCAAAUGCUGAAGUUGUGGAGAUAGUAACCUAUAAUGGAUUAUCGAGCAAAUCAGCUUUCCAGAGGCACAAACAAUGGUUACAACAUGCCAAAACACGUAGCGCCAGGCACAAGAUUAUGAAAUUUUUAAGGGAACAAGCUGCACUAUCUGCAUCGGAAAUAACUGCGGAUUCAGUAAACGAGUUUAUUGCUGAUACUGAAGACGAUAGUGAAGUUGAAGAUGUGCCGGAUUAUUCUAAAGGGACACAACAUACAUGGGAAAAGAUUUUAAUGAAUGUUAUGGAAAUGUCAUCUUCAAAAAUGGUUGAUGAAGAUCUUUUUCGGUUCAAAAAUGGUAGCAUUAAAGUCGGUAAAGUGAAUGGAAAACAUAACAAACAUGUGCAGCAUGUGAGUUUGAAAACCAACUCACAUGGAAACGAGUUUGGAAAAUUGAUGCAAGCCAACGUUCCUAUGUAUAAGGAAGUGUUACCGAGUUUAGAAAGCUGGCUUGCGGGAAAAGUUUCGUCAUGGAGCAAGCUUCAAGGACACUCCAUCCAAUGGUUAUGCAUUGUAUGCAUCGAUCGAAAAGGCAUGAUGGCUGAUAUCACCCUAGCAUUGGCAGAUGCAGGCAUUAGUAUAUGCUCAUGUGCAGCCGAGGUUGAUAGAGGAAGAGGAAUGGCGGUAAUUCUUUUUCAUGUUGAAGCAAGCUUGGACAAUCUGGUGAGUGCAUGUUCAAGGGUUGAUAUAGUCCUUGGUGUGUUAGGGUGGUCCACAGGGUGUAGUUGGCCUAGUUUAGGCGAAAAUCAACACAUACGCGAAUGUUAGUUACUUGAUCGCGAACAGAUGCAGGGUAACAAGUUUUGUCGGUUCAGAAUAAACACAAUUCUUUCCUCAGUUGUUGUCUGUAGUUAUACACAUAAAUUUGUUGCACAAUGAUAACGAAAUAAUGUAGUAGAUGGAGGGGAGUGUAUAUAAAAGAGAAUAGUAUAGGUGUACAUGUAUUUGGAAGGAUGAAAUAGUGAGAUGUAUACACAAAGUAUUGCAGCUUUGAUAUUUCAAGUAUCACCAAGUCAUUGUAUUGUCGCGAUACAAUUUAUAUUUGCGUAAAAUUGUGUUAUCUUCAA